AAGGAGCGGAGACGCCCACAGAAAUCUGAGGCUCCCGGAAGACGUUUCUUUCUUUCUUUUUUUCUUUGUUUCGUCUGGAUCCUCUUGGUGUGGUGGUCAUACAGGUGAUUCUUGGGAGACAGACAGGCACCUGUCUGUACUUCGAUCGGAGAGGAGACUUCUCGUAGAGAAACCAGAAGAUUAUAUCCUCGUUGCAGCUUCUUUUUUUUUGUAUAGACUUUCUGCGCGUGUUUGCUCGCAGGUGGUUGAAUUCGUUGCCAAACUAAUCACCUCUUGGCGACUCUCUCGGACUGCAGGUUCACAUCGAAAAGCAGCCUGUGGACAUAUCUGGAAGUCCUGUAGGAAAUAACGAGAGGAGCAGGAGAAAGAGGAGAAGUGGUUCAGGUGUUCGCUCACGUCUUGCCUUUCAUUUUAGCAGUUUAGUCCAGGUGUUGACCCCUGAUGGAUUACAUGGACAGUGGACUGAGAUACACCCCCAGCAAGGACAAAGACUGGGAUACCAAUGUCCAGUUCCUGCCAGCAUCCAAUAACAAAAAGCUUGAGAAGAAAAAGGUUUCGAAGAAACUCGGGGCUGUGAUCGGUGUGGUGAUUUUUGCUGCUAUUCUUGCACUUGCAAUUGGACUGCUGGUCUGGCAUUUCCACUUCCGGAAAGAUGGAUGGGUCAGGAGGAUGUACACCGGCUCCAUGAAGAUCACCAACCAGGUCUUUAUAAACGAAUACGAGAACUCCAACAGCUCUGAGUUCCAGGCACUGGCCAAGCAGGUGACGUCACAGCUUAAAACCAUCUAUUCCAAAAGUCCUCAACUGGCCAAAUACUAUGUUGGUUCUACAGUUCAGGCUUUCAGUGAAGGCAGCGUCAUUGCCUACUACCUGUCUGAGUUCAGAGUGCCUGAAGGGAGAGAAGCAGAUGUGGACACUGCCAUGACUUCAGUGGACAAACUAGUGGACAAAGCGAAGCGUAUCAGGGAUAUGACUGGCAACUCUCUGGUCCUUGAAGAUGUGGUGGGCAGCGUCAUUGCCUACUACCUGUCUGAGUUCAGAGUGCCUGAAGGGAGAGAAGCAGAUGUGGACAAUGCCAUGACUUCAGUGGACAAGCUAGUGGACAGAGGGAAGCGUAUCAUGGAUAUGUCUGGCAAAUCUCUGGUCCUUGAAGAUGUGAUGAAUUCAGCACUUGAUCCCCGCAUCCUUUCAAAAUCAUUCAACAAUUUUUUAAAGGUUUCUGAACAUACGAAGCCCAAUUCCAUAGGGCAGAUCCAGUCCCCAGGCUUCCCCGAUUCUCCUUAUCCCCCAAACAUCUUCAUGGAGUGGCAGCUAAGAGCAGACCCCAACAGUGUCAUCAAGCUGGAGUUUGUUACCAUUAAUCUGGAAGCAAAUUGCAAGAAUGACUUUGUCAAAAUCUAUGAUUCUCUGGUGGCCAUUGAGAACCGUGUUAUGGGAGAGUUAUGUGGGUACUAUUCACCCAUUAACCCGCCGACCUUCAUGUCUUCUGGAAAUGUCAUGCUGGUGACCCUGGUCACAAAUGAUAAGAAUAACUUCCCAGGUUUUAGAGCAAAAGUCUCACAAGUCCCACGUGGUACAACCUGUGGUGGUUUACUGAAAGGUGAAACGGGCACCUUCACUUCACCCAACUACCCAAAUUACUAUCCUCCUCACAGUUCAUGCUCAUGGUCAAUCGAGGUCCCUGAUGGUAAGGCAGCGAAGGUGACAUUCAAAAAGUUCCUCAUGUCUGAACCCGGACAGGGAGGCAGUAAUGACUGUCGUAAAGACUACGUGGAGGUCAAUAAAAAGAAAUUGUGUGGAGAUCAGCCAGAUGAAAGAAUAGUGCAAACCAGCAAAACAAACAAAAUGGACGUGGUGUUUUUCUCUGAUGCCUCCUAUGUGAACCGAGGUUUCAGUGCAGUGUUUCAGUCCAUUGACCUCAAUGACCCUUGUCCAGAUCAGUUCCAGUGCAAGAAUCUGCGCUGCAUUAGGGCAGACCUCAAGUGUGAUGGCUGGAAUGACUGUGGAGACAUGAGUGAUGAGCUUAACUGCAAGUGCAGCGAAAAUGAUACCACUUGUAACAAUGGACUGUGUAAGCCCAAAUUCUGGACAUGUGACGGCGUCAAUGAUUGUGGAGACGGCACAGAUGAGCUGAACUGUGGAGCGUGUCAUUCUGGACAAAUAUCAUGUAAGAAUAACAAAUGUGUUUCUGAGAAGAAUCGCUGUGACGGAAGAGACGACUGUGGGGACGCGUCAGAUGAACUCGGCUGUGAAAGAUCCACUGGUAUAAGCUGCACUGAUCUCACAUAUAGAUGUAAAAACAAUAAGUGCAUCACUAAGGUGAACCCUGAAUGUGACGGUGUACGGGACUGUGAUGAUGGAUCUGACGAGGAGAACUGCGACUGUGGGAAGACGAUGAAAAUGCCCCGUAUUGUAGGCGGUCAAAAUGCAGAAGAGGGGGAGUAUCCCUGGCAGGUCAGCCUCCAUGUGAAAAACUAUGGUCACGUGUGUGGAGCAUCCGUCAUCAGUCCGACCUGGCUGGUCACUGCUGCCCACUGUGUGCAAGAUGACAGCAAGAUAAAAUACUCCCAGCCCGGCACUUGGGUGGCUUACCUCGGCCUUCACACCCAGAAUAAGCUUGGAAGUAAUGUGGUGAAGAAGAACCUGAAGCAAGUCAUACCCCACCCCAACUACAACUCAUACACCUUUGAUAAUGACAUUGCCCUGAUGGAGCUGGACAGCCCUGUCACCUACUCCAACUACAUCAAGCCCAUCUGCUUGCCAUCUCCCCAGCAUGAUUUUCCUGCUGGCAGCAAUGUGUGGAUCACUGGGUGGGGAGCCACUCGAGAAGGAGGAUCUGCUGCUUCAGUGCUCCAAAAGGCCCAGGUCCGAAUCAUAAACAGCACAGUGUGUGACAAUUUGAUGGGAGGGCAGAUCACAUCUCGUAUGUUGUGUGCUGGAAUACUGACCGGAGGAGUCGAUGCUUGUCAGGGGGACUCUGGUGGUCCGCUGUCCAGUCCGGGCACCAACCGUAUGUUCCUGGGAGGAGUGGUUAGCUGGGGUGAUGGCUGCGCUCGCAGAGACAAACCUGGCAUCUACACAAGGGUCACCAAGUUUCGUGGCUGGAUCAAAGAAAAGACAGGAGUGUAGACCACUGGGAAAUGGUCAAACAGGCCAAAGAUAUGGACAUGACAUGGGCUGAUUACAAGUAACACACCACGGAUUGUAGCUUCAGUAAAACACCACUCUGACUUUCCAGCUAAUGUACCAGCCUUCACUUCAGCUGGGGUGGAAAUGCACUGUUUGCAACACACUUUGUCCACUGCAAAUUUUAUGAGGGAAGGGUUGAUGAAAUGUUUUAAAUGUAUAUAAAAGUCUUAUUUUUGUCUGGUUUUUGCUGUUGUUUUUUUAGCAUGUUUUAAUAGAGAACAAUGUUAUGUGUUGCACAAGAAACAGAUUUCAGGUAUGAUUGUUACACAUGUACACACAUGAAAUGUUUGCCCUUGUACUCUGUUGCCUGAUUUAUUAGAAUCCAUCAUAAGAAUUUCCCACCACUUGUUGUCUUUGUUCUAAAUGUUAUACAUUAGAUACAAAAUGACAGCAAGCUCAUUCCAUCUUACCUCCUAUGGUUUGGUAUAUUAAACAUUUUAUUAUUGAUUCCAGAUUGAUUUGUGAUAUAUAGACAUUUCCGAACGGUUAGUAAUAUCAUUUGUUCACUUUUUAAAGCAUUACCCUUCUCAUCAUGGAUGUCAUCUUAUUUUAACAGAUGUGAACUUCUUUUCUAUUAGCUUUAUUUAAUAGAAAAGAAGAAUAAAAUAGUAGGUUUUAAGUUUAAUAUGCCAUAUGACCCUUUUUCACCCAACACA